AUGGUAACAAGAUCAAGGAGAAACUUGGCCAGGAACGAGGCACCCCCAAAGGCAGUAGUCGAGCGCAACAAAACCAAGGACGUAAAGAGGCCUACAACACUCUAUCUCAUGUAUUUCUUCCUAGCCCUGCUGGUCAUUUCAGGUAAGCCGUCUUGUGGAGAUGCAAAGGCACAUGAAGGUGUCGAAGAAAUUAUUCUCGCGCUUCAGGUUUUAGAGAGCAUGAGGGGAGUCACGCUGCAGCUUUUUAGGAUGGGAAAUCCACUGAAUCCCAUGAUACGCGCACACAUACGCUCCGUUCAGAGGUCCUCCUUUUCCACCAAUUUACACAACAAAGGAAGCGGCUCUCGAGACGAUGAGGCUAAGGAUCACGCGAGCAACGCGCGGAUGUCCCAGAGGCUCUGGGACACGCUCGUGCCCGAGAGGAACUGGUCGCUUCUCUCGCCCCAAUUCUGGGUGCUGCUCGUCGCCACAAUCUCGCUUUACACGUACAACAGGGUAAACAAUAAGCACCUGGACAAGACAAAAGCUCUUCUAGAUCUCGAAAGGGACCGACACAAAGAAAUUGUAAACAAUAAAUAA